AUGGCGUGGACCGACUUACCCGACGCCGUCCUUACUCGGUUGACCACCUAUUUGAACCAGCAAAGCUUGGUCAACUUGGCCCAGACCAACUACAAGUUUUAUACGCCUUGUUUGCGGCGGCUUUACCGGACCCUUCUAAUCGGACGCGAGCCAGCGGCGCCAGAACUCGCCACUGCCGAGGAUUUCGGGGAAACUUUAGCCACCGUGAUCUACGGCUACCGUCACCAAUCGGAUAAGAUGGUUUCAAAGGCGUCCCAGGUGAAAAUGCUCACGGCGCGGUUGCUGGUGCUAAAUACGGCGUUGGACAUCAACCCGGCACUUGCGGGCUACAUUGAGGCGAUUACCGUCGAUAUCGAUGAUGCUGACGUUGAUGAAGCUUUGCUAAAACAGCUUAAUCGCCUCACUCAGCGGCGGGAAGUGUCAUUGACUAAGUGGGUGGCGACGACUAAUAUUGGUGGCCUUGAGCUGCCCCAGGCGAAAGUGGCUACGGCAUGGACUCAGCCGCAAGUGGACGAUGCUACUGAGGGAGUAUACGUGAUGGAUCUGAGCCUAGAGGUGGCGCAAUUGCCCCUACUGCUCCGCACCUUGGUAUUACCAGUGGACAAUUUCACCAAAUUGGCCAACCAAGCGCCCAUUGACAGCAUGAGCAAUCUCACCACCUUCCGCUGGGUAUUGGAUAAUGUGGACGACGCCGGAGACUUGCUUAUCCGCGUCAACUGGCGCCAGAUCCGCGCCCUUGAGCUUGUCAUAACAGCUGGUCCCGAUACGGUACUGGAAGUUUUGGAAGUGGUACCGCCUCUCCCAAACUUGAAACGGCUCGCUAUUGUCCAGCAGAGCCCUGAGUAUAAUACCCACGCCGCCAACGAGCUCUACGACGUCGCCGUGCUUGGCUUAGUGACGGCGGUGGUGGCUACUCUGCCUCAACUCAAGUACUUGGCCCUCGUCCACGACGUCCCCGAGCAUGGAAACUUCUCGGAUGGCUACGAGGGUAAUUACUUACGCCGCAAGAGCAUUUUGGGCCACCACUUGGCCCGGGUGGUAUCAGCCGCCCGCGGCCCCGUGGCGGUGUCUAUGCCCACUUUACUAGCGCUGUUGGCGUGCUACGACCAAGCGAUGAACAACAUGUUGUGGAACGGGUGCCACUGCCGCCACUGCAGCCAGUACUUGGGCGUCAUCGACGAGUUCUUGCUCCACCACCGCUACUACCUGCCCCAACAAAAGGGCUACAAAGAUAUCAAUUCGCUGCUUCUAUUCCGCACCGUGGGCGAGGCAAUGAAGCAGCGGCUCGUGCGUGAGCCCACCUGGCUCUUCAGCGACACCGUUCCCUUGCUCGACGCCGUGUGGGACUUCCACCGCACGUUUGGGCGAGACUUCCGGUGCUACGCGGGAAACGUCCACGACGAUGGGUUCGAGCACGACGACGUCGACGCCAGCGAGCCCCUGAGCUACCGGUGUGCGCUGUGGACGCCCUUCGUGUACCACCAGGGCGUGCCCAAAGCCAUGGCCCACUACCUCACCACCCUCGUGGUGCUGGUGGUCAACUUGGAGCGCGACAACGCCGAGGACGAGGUCAUCGGGCGCAUGCUCAACGACGGCGGCGAUAGCGAUUUCCGGGUGAACAUGGGCCUCGUCCAGAUGAGCGGCAUCAACUUCUGGGUCGGCACCGAGCCCAACGGCACCCACUGCUUCGCCUAUUAG